CCGAGGUCCCGCUGCUCGCUGGCCACACAGCGGGCCAGGAGGCUGGGACACGGCCACGACAGCUUUCUGUUUGACCCGGGAUAACAGAGUGCCAGUUAGCUCGGCUCUGCUAGCGACACCACAGCUAACAAGUUUUAGGAAUACUAAAGGCUAGAAGCUGUGAUGGCCAAGCUUCAGGGCUUUGAGUUCUGGAGGAAGACCCUGAGGGAGGCACGCUUCGUGGUGGCGCCCAUGGUGGACCAGAGCGAGCUGGCCUGGCGCUUGCUGAGCAGGAGACAUGGUGCUCAGCUCUGCUACACUCCGAUGCUGCACGCUCAGGUAUUUGUCCGGGAUGCCAACUACAGGAAGGAAAACCUUUACAACGAAGUCUGUGAGGAGGACAGACCUCUGAUUACCCAGUUUUGUGCCAACGACCCGGAGGUGUUCCUCCAGGCUGCUGUCCUGGCCCAGGACUACUGCGACGCCAUUGAUCUCAAUCUGGGUUGUCCACAGAUGAUAGCUAAGAGAGGACACUAUGGAGUUUUUCUGCAAGAUGAAUGGGAGCUGUUGGAGAGGAUGGUCAGCUUAGCCAAUGAAAAGCUUUCGGUGCCGGUCACCUGUAAGAUCAGAGUCUUCAAGGAGAUUGAGAAAACGGUGCGCUAUGCUCAGAUGCUGGAGAAAGCUGGAUGUCAGUUGCUGACAGUACAUGGCAGAACCAAAGAUCAGAAGGGAGCCAUGACGGGGAUCGCUAGUUGGGAGCACAUUCAGGCAGUCAGAAAAGCAGUAAAUAUUCCAGUGUUUGCAAAUGGGAAUAUCCAUCAUCUGAGUGAUGUGGAACGCUGCAUUCAGGAGACAGGAGUGCAGGGGGUCAUGAGUGCAGAAGGGAACCUCCAUAACCCGGCCCUGUUUGAGGGCCGCAGCCCCCCAGUGUGGGAAAUGGCAGAGGAAUAUCUGGAGGUGGUGAAGCAGUACCCUCCAUGCUCGCUGUCCUACAUACGGGCUCACCUCUUCAAGCUGUGGCAUCACACGCUGCAGAUCCACCAGGACCUCAGGGAGGAGCUGGCCAAGGUGAAGACCCUGGAAGGGUUGGCCCAUGUUAGUGCACAGCUGAAGCAGCGCUGCCAGGAGGAGAUUUCUGGUGGGGAUGAGAAAGACGGGGGUCUGCCACUGCCUCACUGGAUCUGCCAACCGUACGUCAGACCACCGCCCAAGCCGGCAGUGACCAACGGCAGCUGCCAGGAGGUUGAGGUGAAGAGCACCAUGUGUCAGAAAAGAGCUCUGGAGGACUCAGACAGAGCAGCUGAAGGCCUGUCCAAAAACAAACUGAAGAAAAGAUCCCGCAACCCCAACAAAAACUUCUGUCCUGAGCUGAAACCCAAAUACCUCAAAUGUGAACAAUGUGGCAACCCAAAGGGAAAUAAAUGUGUGUUCAGUCUGUGUCGAGCCUGCUGUAAGAAGAAGGCUUUCAAAGAGGUGGCAGAUUGUCCAAGUCAUGGGCUGAGGUUCAAGACCAAAGCAGAGAAACAGAAAGCCGAGGAAGACCAACAGAAGGAGUGUGAGCGGACAGAGGGUUCAGUGACGGAGCGGGACAGAAACAAGCAGACUCCUCAGGUGGCAGCAGCUUCUUGCAGGGAGAUGACGGAGCAGACGGAGGCCUAGCUGCUGCCCCCAUUUGGACAGGCUGCCUCUAGAGGGGUCCUGUAGGGUUCUGGGGCAGGAUGGUUUUAUUCUGGUCCGUAAAACAUUUUCAGGUACAUAACAUCAUAUUCCAACCUUGUUGGGUUCAUCUGAAAUGUUGAACCUUUCAUUUGGGGGAAAAUAUGGACAAUAAUAGCUCCUGUGAUGAACUGCUGUACAUUGGGCUUACCACAAACUUUUUCUAUGGAAUUAAAGAUGGUUGGCUCAUAAACACGCUUUCUCAUCUGAAUCAUUGUGUGUUUAUGAAAGGAGAAUGUAUUUUACCUGUCAAAUUUUACUGAGUCACUAAAAUGAUAUAAACUGUUUCAUAUUCCAUAUUUUGAUAUAACAGAGCAUUUGGCUGCAUCUCAGCCCUCAUUCAUGUUGACUUUCAUGACUUGAAGACUGUUUAGAACCAACUCCUGGUUACAUCAUUGCUAAUAAAACUACCAUCACCUGG